AUUAAGGUUACCUGGCUUGGCCACGCUUGCUUCUUUGUCGAGUUCCCCGCCCGUGUAGGUGACAGGGGUGUUCGCAUACUUUUCGACCCCGUUUUUAGCGACCGCUGUUCUCCUAGUCAGUGGAUAGGUCCCAAGCGAUACACACCGCCCCCUUGUAAGAUUGAAGAUAUCCCUGAAGUUGAUGCUAUCGUAAUAUCCCAUAAUCACUACGACCACCUUGACACGCAUACAAUCCGCACCCUCCUCGCCCGCUCGCCGUCACGCUCUCCCCACAUCUUCGCACCUCUCGGAAACGGGCCGUACUUCAAGGAUCUGGGCGUAGCAGCAUCUCACACGCACAUCAUGGAUUGGUGGGACUCCAAACGCGUCGAAGUCUCUGUCGCUGGCAAAGAUGACCAACCGAGCGCCGUCGACAUCACCUGCACACCAGGCCAGCACUUUACUGGCCGUUCAAUCUUUGACAACUUUAAGACCUUGUGGGGAAGUUGGACGAUCGAAGAAGUGUUCUUUGCUGGGGACACUGGCUACCGCGCUGUCAACGAUGGAGAAGAUGAGGACCAGGUUCCGGUUUGUCCUGCAUUUAAGCAGAUUGGGGACCGGUUUGGUGGAUUUGAUUGUGCGCUGAUACCUAUUGGCGCAUACCUCCCUCGUCAAUUCAUGUCCCCCAUCCAUUGUGCACCGCAGGAUAGUGUACGGCUUUUUCAAGACAUCAAGGCGAAGAGAGCUGUGGGUAUGCAUUGGGCGACAUGGGUUUUGACGAGCGAGGACGUCCUCGAACCGCCCAAACGUCUUGCAGAAGAGUGCAAGAAGCUUGGAAUUGACGAUGACGCAUUCACGGUGUGUGAUAUUGGGGAAACUCUGUUCUUUUAG